AUGACGAUGGACAUUAAGCAAUCGCGUAUGAACGGCAUCAAGAUGGCCCCCGGAAGCCCUGGAACACAGGCCACCUUGGCCAACGAUCUUCACUCUAACCAUCAUCAUCAUCAUCAUUCGACGACGACAACAAUGACGACGAAGCUUCCCAGUGGUGGUGGUCGAACAUCGGCCGGCAAGCGAUCGUUCGACGUUGCCUUCCUGAUGAUGCCAGAUGAGAAGCUGGGUCGCACGAAGGUCCCAAGACGUCCACAAGCGGCGGCAGCAGCAGCAGUGGCUUUACCACCCGUACCUGCUCCUGCCUCACCGACGAUCGAUGUCGAGAGUGAUUCAACCCAAUCCGAGCCCCGCUCCGAGGAUCUCUCGCACAAAUCCGGUUUCAGCCCAAUCCGGUCACCAAUGGAUGACCGCCAGCAGCACCAUCACCAUCACUUCCCACCCGAUAGCGAACGGCUCGCGUACCUCUUCCCUGGUGCUGCCCGCUUCUACGAACCCCCCGCCGGAAUGAUGUUCGGUGCCGUGGGACCGUUUGGACGAUCCGGAACACGCAGCAGCUCCCUCUCCGGAUCACCGGAUCUCCCCGCCUCCGGUGAUCCGAUGCCACCGCGUAGCGCUUUCUCGAAGGUAACGAGCAUCAUCAGCGUACCGGAUUCACCCGGACCACCGCCCCUCAGUCCGGACGAUCGACAAAGUUGCCCCUCGACCAGCCCUCCCAUCUCGCUCAGCCCCGGUGGUGGUGGUGGUUCACAGCACUCGCAAGCUUCCGGUUUCCGGUACGAGUACGGAGGACCGUUCCUAACGCCAACCGGAAGCCCUCCGGUACUGCUCGGUGAUCAGCUGCGUCCCAAGUCCUUCCGUUCGCCUGCCCCUGGACCUGCACCGGCAACGACAGCGUUCGGUGUGCUCGGAGAUCCGUCGGUCACCGAUCCGGCAGCAUACUUUCACGCCAGUGGCGGUGGUGUUCCGUCCGGUGGUCCCGUCGGACACUUUGCGCUCGGUAGUGGUGGAGGCGGAGGAGGAGCACCGUUACCACCAUCCGCACCGAGCUCAACGGGCGUACUCCCGGAGGUGGACGGAUUGAUGCGGAAUCCGGCAGCGGCCGCCAUCCUUUCCACACUUCUCCCAUCCGCCAUGAGCACGUUCACGCUGUCGGCGCAGAAUGUUUGCGCCAAGUGCAACAUCAGCUUCCGGAUGACGAGCGAUCUGGUAUACCAUAUGCGGUCGCACCACAAAAGCGAACGGGAGGUGCACGAUCAGGCACGCCGGAAGCGGGAGGACAAGCUCAAGUGUCCGGUUUGCAACGAGAGCUUCCGGGAGCGGCAUCAUCUGACGCGUCACAUGACCGCACACCAGGAUAAGGCGGGCGAUCUGCUCGAACCGACCGCCAAGAGCUCGUCGAAGCGGUCACCGGACGGAGGAGCGUUCAAAUGA